AUGUCCCAAUCUACUUCAAUACCCAAAAAACAACAAAGGGUUCGUGACCAUGGAUUUGAUAAUUACAUGGAAAUCGAAAAAAAGACAAGAAAAAUCUUAAAGUUUCAAUCUUUAAUAUUUUCUCAAUACAACCAAACACUGCCCAUUUCACGGCUGGACAAUCUCGCUGGCAGGUUGGGGUUUAAACAGUUUGAAGCUGGUGCUUUUAUCCUCAAAUUUCCUCAUGUUUUUGAGGUUUAUGAGCACCCAGUUCAACGUGUGUUGUAUUGUCGCGUAACGCGCAAAGCAAUCAAUCAGAUUAUGCAAGAGAAGGAGGCCCUUUUGGCUCAAAUUCCUGAUGCUGUUACCAGGUUGAGGAAGUUGAUAAUGAUGUCUAAUGCAGGUCGAUUGCGGUUAGAGCAUGUAAGGAUUGCAAGGUAUGAGUUCGGUUUGCCGGAUGAUUUUGAGCAUUCUGUUGUGUUGAAGUAUCCGCAGUUUUUCAGAUUGGUUGAUGCUAGUGAUACUAGGAAUAAGUACAUUGAGGUGGUUGAUAUAGACCCUAGAUUGACGGUUUGUGCGAUAGAGAAAGUUAGGGAGAGAGAGUAUAGAGAGAAAGGAAUGGAUGCUGAGGAUGUGAGGUUUAGUUUUUUGGUGAAUUUUCCGCCGGGGUUUAAGAUAGGGAAGUAUUAUAGGAUUGCAGUGUGGAAAUGGCAAAGGGUACCUUAUUGGUCACCGUAUGAGGAUAUUUCGGGUUAUGAUUUGAGGUCGAUUGAGGCUCAGAAGAGGAUGGAGAAGAGGGCAGUGGCUAGUAUUCAUGAAUUGUUGUCAUUGACUGUAGAGAAGAAGAUCUCAUUGGAGAGGAUCGCACAUUUUAGGAUGGCUAUGAAUUUGCCUAAGAAGUUGAAGGAGUUUCUGCUUCAGCAUCAGGGAAUUUUUUAUAAGGGGGAAUUAGUUGAGCCAGAUGAUUUGUAUUUGGCAAGGAGGAAGUUGGGUGCGUUGGUGUUGUAUAGUUCGAGGAAAGCAAAUUUGGAUAGGGGGUUGGUUAGUUAUGGGAGGGGUAGAGAAGAUGAUGAGAUGGAGCGUUUUAGGAGAGGUUGCGAGGAAGAUGGUUUUGAGGGUGGCAAGGAUGGGAAAGAUGGAGAGGGGGAGGAUGAUUUGAACUUGGACUUGAGUUGUGAUGUUGGUUCUGAUUUUACAGAUGAGGAGGACAAUGCUGAUGAGAUUUAA